GAAGUUGAGCAAUUGAGCGACCAUGUGCUAGCGAAUAUAUUUCAGGCGACAGCUGGAGGAGCUAUGCCCCGGAUUGCCUGGAAUGCGGUAGACGGUGAGCGAACGGGACUUUUAUGGAAACUUGCUACGGGGGAGACGUAAUUUUACCCAAACGGCAUUGAGCCUGGUCAAGUGGUGGUUCCAGUCCGGUCCAUGUAGCAGCUUCGCUCCCCUUUUGUUGUGAGAACUUCCGCGGAUUAACCAGCUCCUACAGAAGACCCAUCCCUGAGAGGUUCCAAACUCAUCCCCGGAGCAAGGCGAGGAACGUGGCUGAAAGCAAUUAAACUGAAAUCAGAUCCCGUAAGAGCCAGGAGCGACCAUGACUGACGUGGCACAGAAAGCCAAGAUGCUUCUAUCUACAUCUAAACCCGUUCAUAAAUCAUACGUGCCAAAGCUGGCAAGGGGUGAUGUUAAGACUAAGUUCGAAGCCAUGCAAAAAGCGCGCGAGGAAAGGAGCAAGUGGAGAUCCGGAGAAGAAAGGAAAAGGAGAAAUGAACAGUAUAAGAAGGAGAAGGAAUGGACAAAGAUAAAACAGGAGCUAAGGGAACUACUUGCUUCAGAUGAUGAAGAGGAGAACAAAUCGAAUGAACUGAAGAAGGCAUAUGUCCCCAAAAUGACAGGGACCGUCAAGGGCAAGUUCGAGGAAAUGGAAAAGGUAAGGCAAGAGGAAGAGAAGAAAAGAAUGGAGGAAGAGCGGCAGAGAAGGAUUCAUCAGGACAUCCUGGAGAAGAGGAAGCUACAACGUGAACUUGCAAGAAAGGCUGCAGAGGAAAAGGAGGAGGAGGAGACAGAGGACCCAGCUGUCUGCAAGAGUGAAACCAUCCCUGGGAAAUUAAAACUCAGCUUUGAAGAAAUAGAGAGGCGAAGACAGGACGAGGAAAAGAGGAAAGUCGAGGAGGAAGCAAGACGGCGCAUUGAGGAGGAAAAGGCAGCCUUUGCUGAAGCACGCAAGUAUUUAGCUGAAGAUGAGGAAGAUCUACCCAGUCUCAGCAUGGCUCAGAAAGACCCAGCACGGCCUGGGAAACUGAAGCUCAGCUUUGAAGAGCUGGAGAGGCAGCGGCAGGAGGAGGAACAGCGCAGAGCCGAGGAAGAUGCUCGCAAGCGCCUGGAGGAAGAGAGGAAACAAUUUGCUGAAGCCCGCAGAAACAUGAGUCCUGACCAGGAUAGCAUUCAGAAGGAAUAUGCAAGUUCACACAACGAGGAUUAUGGACCUGAUGAAAUGUCUGAUGAAGAACCAACCGAUGCCAAGAGAACAUCUUUGGAUGUCAAUGACGUGCUCUGUCCAGGCAAAUUGGAAAUCAAUUUCGAAGAGCUUUUGAAACAAAAGAUGGAGGAUGAGAAAAGGCGGACGGAAGAGGAGCGAAGGCAGAAACUGGAACAGGAGAAACAGGAAUUUGAACAACAACGACAAGAAAUGGGAGAGGAUGAAAUCAAUGAGAGCACUGAAGUUGUGAGUACAGAGUAUGAAGAGCUGAUGAGGCUAAAAAGAACAGGUUCCAUUCAAGCCAAAAACUUAAAGUCAAAGUUUGAAAAGAUUGGCAAGCUUUCCGAGGAGGAAAUACAGAGGAAGAUCGAAGAUGAAAGGGCCAAGAGGAGAGCGGAGGAUCUAGAGAUAAAGGAAAGAGAGUCUGAACGAUUCAAAGAGGAAGAAAUAGAAGAGGUCACAAAGGAGCCAAAAAGAGAUGAUGCUCCAUUUACACACAAAGUUGACAUGCGAGCUCGCUUUGAGCAAAUGGCUAAAGCAAGAGAAGAUGAAGAAAGGAGAAGAAUUGAAGAGCAAAAGCUUCAAAGGAUGCAAUUUGAACAGAAAGAAAUUGAUGCAGCACUGCAAAAGAAAGGGGAUGAAGAGGAGGAGGAGGAAGGCAGCAUUGUUAACGGAUCAGCCUGUGAGGAUGACAAAGAUGAACUCAUUCGGUCUGGUGCUCCAUGGUUCAAGAAACCCCUGAAGAAUACAUCCGUUGUGGAUGGAGAGCCUGUCAGGUUCACUGUGAAAAUCAUGGGAGAACCCACACCAGGGGUCACGUGGUGGUUUGAGGGUGAAAUGUUGCAAGACUGCGAGGACUAUCAAUACAUUGAAAGAGGAGAAACUUACUGCCUUUACCUCCCUGAAACCUUCCCUGAAGAUGAAGGAGAAUACAUGUGCAAAGCUGUCAACACCAAAGGAACAGCUGCUAGCACUUGUAUUCUCACCAUUGAAACUGAUGACUACUAAAUCUGCUGGAAUUUCCUUUCUGUCUUCAACCUUUACUACAUCCAUCUUUCCCCUAUGAUGGGGCCAAAAAUUUUAAAAUGCUCCUACCCUUGGAAAAUUUGCUGUAGUGUUGAUCGUCAUUCCUCUCAUGGUUAUUUCAUAGCCUAGAAAUCUGCAUGAGGCUUACAUACUGGUUUUAUUUGGUCAGUUUUAGUCCUUUACAAUGAUCUUGUGAUGUUAUUUAACAGAUGCUAUUGUAUCUGCACAUUAUUGUUAAUAGCAGAGCCCACUUAUACAUCAGCCUGUGUCUAUGAAACUAUGAAUUUCAAAAAUUUUAACCUAAGGUUAACCUAUUUAUCAAUCACUACUUGGGUCAACAAGCAAAAUGUUGCUUUUAAAAUCAUUGUUAGAAUUGUCCAUCAUGAAAACUCAAACUUGGCAUACAGAAGUUUUUAGUGUUUUUAUUAAAAAAUGAAAUGCAACAUGAAAACUACUUGUUGUUUAAAUUCAAAUCAGUAAUUUGGGUUUGUCAGCAUAUAGAAAACGUGUCUUAUUUAAUCACUUGCAUAGAUUGCCAUGAAGCCUUACAUACAAAUUGGACUAUGGACAAAAAUGCUCUUUCACGCAACUUGGCAAUGGGCCCAAGAGGGCCUAUGUUAAGACAAUUUGUGGUCCUCAAAUGCUCUUCAUGCAGAAUGUACUUUUUUGUAAGCUGAACUCCUGCGCUACUGUAUUUUCAGAUACAUUUAAAAUAGACUUUGAAACAAAAUAA